CCGCAGAGCCCCGUGCUCCGUCCGUGUCACAGCCAUGGGACGGAGCUGCUCCUUCCUCCUGCUCCUCUUCCUCCUGUCCCCGUGGCCCAGAGCCACCGUGGCACUGCUGCAGUACCGCCACAACUGCGGAGAGCUGGGAAUGCAGCUCCUGGUCUUCCCGUCCCACGGCCGCACCGUCCGCUUCAAGGUUCUGGACGAGUUUGGCUCCCGCUUUGACGUGGCCAACUGCUCCAUCUGCCUCCACUGGCUGAAUUCCAGGGAGGACGGCUCUGUCAUCUUCUCCUCUGGCUACAAUGGCUGCCACGUCCUGUUCAAGGAGAACCGCUAUGUCCUGCGGGUGCAGCUGGAGGAGCUGCUCUCCGGCGGGAUCCCCGUCACCUCCUACGAGGUCAACAUGACCUGCCCCAAGCCAGGCGGCUCUGAGGCGCUCCCAGAUGGAACCCAGGGGACGAGCCGGGACAGCCCAACGCUGUUCUCCCACACCGGCCUGCACCAGGUCUCGGGCUCCUCCCUCACCCUCACGGGAUCCCACUUCUCAGCCCAAGAUCUCGUGGAGCAGGUUCACGCCGUGGGACAGUACCAGCCCAGCCCAGCGCUUCCCGGGAUCCACCACCAUUCCAGUCCAGCCCACUCGGGGCUUCUGUCCCAGCCUGCUGGGGUUCAUCCUGUCAACCCAAUCCAGGGAAGCUUGUUCCACCCAGCGGUGCAGCCCGCCCAGCCUGGGGAGCAGAGCCAGCCAGGGUUCCUUCGCCCAGUGCUCGUGUCCCAAAACCAUCCCAGUUUGGGGCAUCAAGGGGGGCAGAGCCAGCCGGGGCACCUGCAUCCAGGGUCUGUAUCCCAAAAUCAGCCUGGGAUUCGCCCAGGGUCUGUAUCCCAAAACCAGCCUGGGAUGAUGCAUGCUGGGGGUCAAAACCAACCUGGGAUUCGCCCAGGAUCUGUAUCCCCAAAUCAGCCUGGGAUUCGUCCAGGGUCUGCAUCCCACAACCAGCCUGGGAUUCGUCCAGGGUCUGUAUCCCCAAAUCAGCCUGGGAUGAUGCAUUCUGUGGGUCAAAACCAACCAGGGAUUCGCCCAGGGUCUGUAUCCCCAAAUCAGCCUGGGAUGAUGCAUUCCGUGGGUCAAACCCAACCAGGCAUUCGUCCGGUAUCUGUAUCCCACAACCAGCCUGGGAUGGGGGGGAUACAUCACGGUGGUCAAAACCAACCAGGGAUUCGCCCUGGGUCUGUAUCCCAAAUUCAUCCUGGGGGUCAAAACCAACCAGGGAUUCGCCCCGGGUCUGUAUCCCAAAUUCAUCCUGGGGGUCAAAACCAACCAGGGAUUCGCCCUGGGUCUGUAUCCCAAAUUCAUCCUGGGGGUCAAAACCAACCAGGGAUUCGCCCCGGGUCUGUAUCCCAAAUUCAUCCUGGGGGUCAAAACCAACCAGGGAUUCGCCCCGGGUCUGUAUUCCAAAAUCAUCCUGGGGGUCAAAACCAACCAGGGAUUCGCCCAGGGUUUGUAUCCCCCAACCAGCCUGGCUUGACCUCCACCGGUGCCCAGACUCCAGCUGGAUUCCAACGCCCAGGAGGUCAGCCCCUAAACCAGCCAGGAAUAUCUCGUCCCAAUCAUCCCUCCAACUCCCAAACCGGGUUCCCAGGCCAGGCUGGGCUACUCCAUCCCAGCCCAGCUUUGGUGCACCCAGGACUCUCAUCCUGGCCAGGUUUCAUCAGCCCUGGACCCCAGGCUGAGCCCCAGCCCGGCCUGGGACUCCCUGGGCUGCGGCCCCAGCCUGGAUUGCUGCAUCCUGGGAUUCACACCCAGCCCAGCCUGCUGCAGCCCACAGCGCUCUUCUACCCCUCGCCGGGGGCAGGAAUGCAGCUGACCCGGGAGCAGUGCCAGGUGCCGGUGGGCCGCAUGCCGUGCGUGGCUCCACAGGGACGGGAUGCGUGCCUGCAGGCGGGAUGCUGCUACGACGACAUGGACCGCACCACGCCCUGCUAUUACGGGAAUACCGCCACCGUGCAGUGCCUGCUGGAGGGACACUUUGUGCUGGUGGUGCCGCGGGGAAUGGUGGCCCUGCCGUACAACCUGGACACCGUGCGGGUGGCCGGCGGCCAGGCGGGGUGCGAGCCCCGCCACGUGUCCGAGGCCUUCGUCAUGUUCCGCUUCCCGGUCACCCACUGCGGCACCACCGUCCAGGUGAUCGGGGACACGCUGGUCUAUGAGAACCAGCUGAUCUCCACCAUCGAUGUCCAGGGAUCCUCCCGUGGCUCCGUCACUCGGGACAGCGUCUACAUUCUCCGAGCUCGGUGCAUCUACAAUUCCAGUGACCUCCUUCCCUUGGGAGUGGAGGUGGCCGUGCCCCCCACAUCGGCCCCCCUGGCCAUGCUGGGCCCGCUGGCGCUCCAGCUGCGCAUUGCCACCGACGAAUCCUACAGCUCCUACCACGCUGUGGGUGACUUCCCCCUGGUGAGGGUGCUCCGGGACCCCAUUUACGUGGAAGUCCGGCUGCUCCAGAAGACAGAUCCCAAUUUGGUGCUGGUGCUGCACCACUGCUGGGCCUCUCCCGGCUCCCACGCCACAUCCCAGCCCCAGUGGCCCAUCCUGGUGGAAGGGUGUCCCUUCCAAGGGGACAACUACAGGACACGGCUGAUUCCGAUGGGUCCGGCCUCUCCGGAGCUGCCCUUCCCGAGCCACUACCAGCGCUUUGUCAUCUCCACCUUCGCCUUUGUGGAGCCCCCCAAAAUGGCUGUGCUGGAGGGGGAGGUGUACAUCUCCUGCAGCGCCUCCGUGUGCCACCUGGCCCAGCCGGAGCCCUGCCGGCCCUCCUGCCAGCUGGGAGUGCCCUCACGAGCACGGAGGUCUCCAGGGGACAGGAGGACAGGUGACAGCAUGGGGACAGUCACAUCCCAGGGAUGCGUUGUGUUUCCUGAGGCUCCCAAGAGAGGGGGAACUCAGCAGAGAGGCUGAGGGCUCCAGCCUCUACCUGGAUGCUAUUGGAUGUCUCUGGGAAAGCUGGAAAAAUAAAACCAGUGCAAAACACGG